CGCUUCGUUUUCUCCACCCAUCUCAUUCAUCGUCUCUCUCAUUCAUCACCUCCCAAAUCCAAAUCUUGGAUCUUUGCUCUUCCUCCCAAUUGCCUACUCCUUGAAAUCGAUAUAGGGUUUCUCUGUUGCUCUCUCAUAAACCCAAAUUCGUAUGAAAUCUGAAAAUUAUUCUUGCAUUUCCAUAGUUUCAGAGACUCCAAAUGUCUUCGCCAGUGAGGAGGAGUUAGAUGAUUCUGAGAAAAAUACUCCCCCAAAUGUUUAUGGCGAACAGGAGAUCGAGCAACUUCCCCCAAAUGUUCUUGGCGAUGAUGGUGAGAUGGUGGCAGCCGUGGUGCCUGAUUCUGAGGAUGAGGAUGAAGCAUCUGAUGCUUCGAUGGUCCUAAGCUCUGGAUUCGUGUGUAUUCGAAACCAUGCAUGUGACAGCUUUCUAAAGCUUAUGUUCCCAGGGUGGGAUUCACCCAAAUUGACAUGACAGUAGCAGCAAGUCUAAAAAGAAAAGUGGUCUCACUUGGUAGAAAGAGGAAAAUGGAGAGACAACCUGGCAAAAAAAAGAUCUUAAAGGG